AUGUCGGACUCAACAGAGAUCAAGACCGGGCCUCAACUGCAAACCUUUUCGGAGAAGACGGGGGAUGCCCGAGAAGACUCUCUCGAUGUUAGACAACAGCGACGAGGCUCCUUCUGGAGAACUUUCCAGCGCUUCAUUUGGGACGAUCCGGACAAGCCGGCCUAUGAAAAGAAGUUUCUCUUAAAACUCGACUUUUUUCUACUGACUUACACUUGCCUGGGUUACUUUUGCAAAAAUUUAGACCAAGCCAACAUCAGCAAUGCAUACGUGUCAGGGAUGAAAGAAGCCCUAAGCAUGCAUGGAAAUGAGCUCACGUACGCAUCUAACGUCUUCACAGCCGGCUACGUGAUUUCCCAAAUUCCAGCCGUGAUUCUUGUCACAAAAGUACGGCCUUCUUACAUCAUCUCCACGUUGGAAAUUCUCUGGGCCAUUUUUACCUUCUGUGCGGCAUCCGUUAAAACCGUUCCUCAGCUCUAUGCGAUUCGCUUUCUGGUUGGGCUCUGCGAGGGCGCUUUUUUCCCUACGAUAAUCUACCUCAUCGCGAGUUGGUACACCAAGAGUGAGCGAGGGAAACGGGUCACUCUGUUUUAUUCCACCGCUACCCUCUCACAAAUGUUUUCGGGGUACCUCCAAGCUGGUGCGUACGAUGGCCUGAAUGGGAAGAUGGGUCGCGCAGGAUGGCAGUGGCUUUUUAUAAUCUGUGGCGUGAUCAGCCUUCCCAUUGGAGUUCUCGGUUACUUUUUUAACCCUGACUUCCCAGAGAACACCCGAGCGUUCUAUAUCAAGCCAGAAGAAGCCGUAUUUGCUCGGAAAAGACUCCUCGACGAAGGCUACAAACCGCUAGGGGCAUCCGCAUGGAGCAAGAAAAAGAUACUCCGCAUUGUAUCAUCCUGGCAGUUCUGGGUCUUGUCGUUUGGCUACUUCUUCGUGCAGUCCAGCUUCCCAGUCCAACAACCCUUCUAUGCUUUGUACUUGAAGGCUACGGGGCACACAGUCUAUCAGAUUAAUGUCUGGCCAACCGGGCAGGCCGCGGUCGCCGUCAUAACUCAGGUUCUCGCUGGCAUGCUUUCCGACUCACCUCUUCUACGAGGUCGGAGGUGGCAAGCUAUUCUAGUGAUGCAAGGCGGGACCAUCUUUGGCUGUAUUGUCCUUGCAAUCUGGGACGUUCCUCUAGGGCUGAAAUACUUUGCAUUUUACAUCUCUUGGAUGUCUGCUGGUGUUCCAGGUAUUUACUACUCAUGGUUUCCUGAUCUGAUGCCAGAGGAUCAUGAGAUGAGAGGUUUCUUGACUGCCUUCUCGAAUAUCUUUUCAUACGUCAACCAAAUUUGGUAUACAGAUGCAGCUUGGCGCACCUCAAUGGGACCGGAGUUCCGAGCCGGUUUUAUCGCUGCUGCAACUUUUGGGGUAAUUCUCAUAUCAACCGCCUUGCUGAUGCGUUGGCUUGAGAAAAGGGAUGUUCAGCAGAGGAAGCACGUCCAGGGAGGCGAGCCUACGGUGGAGCCGGAUUUGGCUGCAACUUUACAGGGAAACCCUGCUGCUGUAGUAUAA